AUGGCAAAAGGCCUCCGCUCCAGCGUCAAGAAGUCGAACCGCUCCAAGCUUCGCACUCGCGUCUUCGAGCCCGUCGAAAAUGCCCGCCUAGAGCGCCUUCACCAAAAGCUCCUCGAGACCGCCCAACAACCCAAGCCCGAGACAGCAAAGGAAAAGGAAAUGGAUGUCGACGCCGUAGAAGGUAACAGUCAUCACAUGCCACAAUCCCCCGCGCACACGCUAAAUAGUGCCCUUGCAGACGCCGACGCCGUUGCCAACGACGCCAGCAAAGAGGAAGACUUCCCCAAAGGUUCGUUUUUCCUCACAGCCAGCAUUCCGCAAAGCCUCUGCGACAGCGACACCACACACGACAAACCCGCCCUGGCCCACGACGACCUCGAAAGCAGAACUCUGUACGACGUACUAGGUCUCAGUUCCGACGUCGUGGGCUUCACUCCCAAGGGAGACCUCAAGCUCGCCUUUGACCCGCUUUCGCCAGAAUGGUUGAGUGAUCAGAGGCUAACUGAUCGAAAGACCGUUCACAAAGCGAAGAUGGAACGCCGGAAGAAGCCCAAGAACCAGAUUUCGUUCCCGACCACCCGCGGCAAAGGCGCACUGAAGCCCUUCUCCGAAUCUCGUAUUCGCAAGCGCCGCUCGUAA